GUCAUUCAUUCGUCGACGGCGAAUCAGCCGCAUCAGCGGACUUAAGUGCUCGAUAUUAUUUUAUACAAUUAAUUUAAACCGGCAUUACAAUCUAUACAAUAAUGCGCUAUAGACUGUGAGACGCACGCGUGAAGUGUUUGUAAAAAUAUUAGGUGUUAAACUGAUCGACAAUAAGAUGCCUUUUGUAAACAUAAAGAAGCAAUAUCUAGCAAUCGGGAUGUUGGUUUUCGUUUUACUGUUUUUAUUUAAUUCAAGACCCGUUUUCCAGUGUCAGUUUAAUCCAGAAGUGACUUCAUAUCUCCCAACGAUAUACGGAAUAACUCCUACGUACUCGAGACUCGCACAAAAAGCGGAUCUAACAAGAUUAUCACAAACCCUGAUGCAUGUAAAGAAUUUCCAUUGGGUGGUUAUAGAAGAUUCAACGGAGAAGACGAAGUUAGUUGCUAACUUGCUGAAAGAGUCUAACUUGAAAUAUACACAUCUGAACAUCAAAACACAUAGAACAAAACAUUCCACGGUAAUGGACAUCAAUAUAUGUCUGUUUAAAACAAGCCUAUACAACACAUCUUGGUAUUGUCCGUACUGGCGGACCAAUAAAGGCAAAAAGCUUUUAGCGAGCGGUGUGGAACAAAGGAAUCUGGCUUUAGACUGGCUUAAAGGCUAUUUGCAGAAGGCCGAAGAUACGCGAGGAGUUGUGUACUUUAUGGAUGACGACAACACAUACUCACUUAAAGUUUUCGAUGAGAUGCGAAAAGUAAAGAACGUCGGCGUAUGGCCGGUAGGGAUAGUGGGCGGCAUGCGGGUUGAAAUGCCGCUGGUCACAGACGGGAAGGUCAGUGGGUACAACGCCUGGUGGAAGCCCUUCCGACCCUUCCCCAUCGAUAUGGCGGGGUUCGCAAUCAAUGCGACCCUGUUCCUCGAACAUCCCGAAGCGAAGUUCUCCAGAAAAGUUCAGUCUGGGUUUCAAGAAAGCGAGAUACUGAAAUACUUCGCUACUAAGGACGACCUGGAGCCGUUGGCAGACAACUGUACUAAAGUGUAUGUAUGGCACACUCGCACACAGAAGCCUUCAAUACUUAACCCUAAGAAGCUGAAGCGCCCCCCUGUGCCCGACGACCACAUCGAGGUUUGAAUCCAUAAAGUAUUAUCAAAGGUAAUUAACUAAAAAGUUUGUCUCAAACGAGCAAAACCUCGUUUUGUGAGAUGUUCUUCGCUAACGUCUCGCUAUCUACGUAAUUAAAAUACUCAAUUGGUGGCAGACUCACCUCCCUCCGGUCAGAUAAUUUAUUUUCAGUGUUAAUUUAUAUUAUAAAAUUCCUGUAAGGUCGUUUAGUGAUCAUUCUUCGUAUUGAGAAAGGGAAAGCCAUAUCUAAGAAUUUUCACGGAUCUCAAACAUGGUUAUACCACAAGGAGCAGUUAAAAAUAGAGGUUAACUGUUAUUUUGUGGGGAAUUAUCUGCCCAGAAUAUAAAAAAUUGAAAAUAUUGCAAUAUUAUAUCAUUAUGCCUUUUACUCCAAUUCCUAUUAUACUCGUUCGCCAAAUAACGUAAUUGACUGUAAAACUUCUUAAACUUCCAUGUAUUUUUAACUUUAAAUUAGUUUAAUUUUAUUUUUGUUUGUUUAUUUUGAUUGUCUUUUGAAAUAAACAAGCAAGAAUUAAAAGCCAACUGUGCUCUAUGCCCUGUGUUUCAUUGAAAGACUAAUAUUCUGAAUUUAUCUUGAAAUACUCUCCGUGCUCGUUAACAUUCACUCUUAAGGAUUAAUUGCUCAUUUAUCUUUUAAAUUAAUGUACUUUUCUAAUCAUACCAGUGACCCCCCCCCUCCCCACGUAGGUUUCUAGAUUUCAUGUUACUCAGAAUGCCGGAGUUCAUGUACGUUACACAGACACUUCUGAAUGCCGUAGUGCAAUUUUGAUGAAUGGGGAUUUGUAAGGAUCCCUUACAUUGCUGCAGUUGACGUUACCUUUUUGGCAAACAAUAAUAAAACUGCUACAAGGACCCAUUUUCCAAUGUAAAUAUUCCAGUGACGUUAUAUUUUAAUUUUUUUAAUAGAUAUUAUUGCUAAAAUGAGACACAUAAUAACUUUCAACAAUUCCAACACUUAUCACGUGACAUAAAUAAAUGGUAACACAAAAGGCACGCUAUUAUCUACGUUGGCAACUAUUACCAAAGUCGUCUAUAUUUUAUGGGUUGGUAGACUUAAACAGAUUCCUUCUGUUUAUUGCAAUUUGUGCGUAUGGUUUAUUUAAGUAUCUAUUGUGUAUUUAUACACCGGGAUAGAAUCUGUUUAGAAAUAUUAAAUUAAGAUUAGACUGACUACAGAUGUCAUAUAUAAAAAAUUACUAUAUCUUAAUUCAGAAACCUAUCGCAGUAGUGGCUUUAAUAAAGUAUUAUAAAUAAUCAGCCUAGCAAUUACUGGAAAGAAAUGUAUUAUUUGGCCUAAAAUAAUUAUCUGAGUAAUAUUAUUUAUAAAAAUCUGUCCUGCGUCUAGGUAUCUUAGGGAGCCUACCAACAUCUUAGAUAAGACUGCUGUUUUUGUGUAAAAAAAAAGUUACAGGCCUUUCAGACCGUUGAACCUGAUCCAACGUUCAACAUUUCCCAUAUUCAGUCGGUGCAACUAUCUUACUUUAAGAUGAGGUACGCUCUCAAAAUUAAUAAAAAUAUAACCUUACAUUUCGUAUAAAACUCAUGUAUACUACAAGUCCUGAAAAUUAGUUCCUAAGUAAGUCACAGUAAGAAAUUAGUUCACAAGUUAGUAGAAGCUUUGACACCAAAAUAGCGUUCCGAAAAAAGUAUGAGAACCACGAAGGUUUAAUGUUAAUUUAUAAGUCAUUUUCCCUCACUAUGCGAUAUUACUCUUUUAUACUGUUAAUCUAAGCUUUAAAACUAAGCAUAAUAAAUUAGUUACGAAUGCUCAACUUCCGAAUCGGUCUAAUACUUGAUUCCUUUUAGUGUAGUAAUCAUUGUACUUAUCUUAUUUAUAUGUGUACACUGCAUUGGAUGAGGGUGUGAUAUCGUUAAUAUUUUUCAACUGUGAAAGAAUAUUCAUCAACUGACACUUAUGUGAUCUUGUACUAAAAUGUGUUUAUAUCUGUGGUGAUAUGAGGUUUUUCAUGUAUGAAUUGUUGCAAAUGUUUCUUUAAUUUUUGUGGCUCGAAAAUAAAAUUAACGAUAUCUCAUUAUUUUCAUCGAACGGUACUAUUUAUACAACAGUAUAGUUUAAGUUAGCGUGUAGUGGAGAUCAAUAAUUUAGUACCACGAAAAUUAGACGAGGUUAAAUCUUUUUCUGUCAUAUUUAUACAACAAGUGCGAAUGUUUGUAUGCAAGUUUGAUUCCACUUAUGAUCAUUGAAACUACUCAACCGAUCUUGAAGAUUCCAUAUAUUGCAGUAUUGUUGAGGUUCAGAUAAGAGCCACUGGCGUCAAAGCUGUAAAAAGCAAAUAGAAAUAGUAUGCGCCACAGACAGUAUUAAAUAACUUCAGAAAGCCACGUGUAAGCAAUAUCGCUGAUACAUCGUUCUCGCAUGAUGGACAUAACUAAUAGGUCGCAUGUCUAAUAAUUUCGUGGUAACCCUUCAGUAAUUUAAUAUUGAUAAUUAUAAUUACGUUUAUUAUUUCUCCUGUAUUUCUGUGCAAUUAUGUUUCAUUAUUAUAAAUGAAUAAAUUAUUUAUUUAAAAUUCUAUUGAUGUAACACAUAUCGAAUCUCAAUUCUCGUGUAGUCAAAUAAUGUUUAGUUGAUAAGAAACACAAUUUAAUAAAUAUUUCACGAAUAGAAUAUGAAUUAAAAGUUCCAUGGUUCAAGUUUGAACAUGAUUAUUUAUAUGUUAAUAAAAUACUGAUUAUGUAUCGUAUCUAAUAAAUUGAG